UGCUGUUCCUCUUCGUAUCUCUAUCGGUCCGCAAUCAGUGCUGGAGACGCCAUGGCUCAACAAGCGACGGCGCGCAUUCUGAUCUACUCUGCCACCCGCGGUUAUCGACAUGACUCUAUUCCUACGUCGAUCGAGGCAUUGCAGGCGAAGGCCGCUUCUAUCAACGUCCAGUUCGAUGCCACGGAAGAUCAGUCAUGGUUCACGAAUAAUCGCUUGAAGGAGUACGAUGCGCUCUUGUUUCUGAACAACUCUGGUGAAAUCCUCGAUGAGCCCGGCAAGGCUGCAUUGCAGAAAUACCUGGACUUCGGAGGCAACUUCAUCGGCGUGCACUGCGCAUCUGCUUGUCCUUACAAUGAUGAAUUCUUCAAGAGAGAAGUCGGUGCCCUCUUUGACUAUCAUCCUGAUAUCUGCACGGCGGUCUAUGAAGUCGCCGGCCCUUCGCAUCCUAGUACGAGUAUGCUGCCUGCCCGCUGGGAGCUAUACGAUGAGGCGUACAAUUUCAUGUCCGAUCCGCGCGAAGUCGGCGCAACGGUAGUGCUCACGGUCGACGAGUCCAGCUACAAAGACACCGGAGAGAGAAAGUAUAAUCACGGGACCCCACACCCCACUGCGUGGUUCCAGGAACGCGGAGCCGGUGUACAAGCUGGCGGGAUUGCUGGUCGUAGCUUCUACACUAGCCUUGGGCACUGCAUCGAGACAUGGCAGAAUGAGGUUUUCCUUGCGCAUGUCUUGGGCGGUAUCCAAUGGGCCAUUCAGUCGGGUACGACGAAGGCGUUCAACCCUAAUGCUUUGGUGGGAAACUCUGCCGCUACCUCAACCUGAUUGCGGUUCAUCCGCAUCCUUAACGAGCCUCUAUCCACUGCGGUCGGCGCUCAUGUACCAUUAUCGUCUCACUACCAUCUUUUUCCCGGAUGUGCUCCGUCUGUACUACACUUUCCACUUGAUUGAUGCUACACGAGUGUUCGGCC